UUUGAGAAACGCUGGUCUAAACCGAAUCUACCUACAGAGCAUCGAAAACCCCAGCCUUAUCGAAAUAACCAUGAUAGUAAAACUCUCAAAUGUUUUAAUUGUAAUGAAAUUGGUCACAUUUCGAGUAAUUGCUCGUAUAAAUCCGAAGGUAUUAGAUGUUUUAAGUGCAAAAAAUUCGGCCAUAAAGCUAACGCUUGUCCUCAAAAAAAAGUAAACAAAAUGGAACUAAGUCAUUUCUCUAGAUGUAACAACAAAAUUGAAACGGAUGUUGAAAUCCUAGGUGCAAAAACAAAAGGACUUAUCGACACCGGGUCGGAAAUAACGAUGAUACCAAGGCAUUUUUAUGAAAAAGUAGGGACUCCGAAAUUAAACUCAGAUAAUGCAUCUUUAAUUGGAUUAGAUAGGAAUAGUAUUUCUCCGUUAGGUUUCUUCGAAAGUGAAAUAAAGAUUGACGAAUACUCUCUUCCUGCAAAUAUUUAUGUGGUAGAAGGUGAUCUGUGUAAUUCUAUAAUAAUAGGAAUAGAUGUUCUGAAUAAACUGAACUUCUCUAUAACAAACUACGGAUUCGAAGUUAUGGGGAAACGAACUCAAAAUACUAUUCGUGUUAAUUAUACUCGAAUUUUUGUUCCCGAUGGAAAGUCUGCGGCUGAAUCAACACUCGUUAGAUCAGAUGACGCCUCUAGAAAAGAGCAGACGUUCCUUUCGCAUUCCACUGAGUGGGGAGAGAGAAACGGUUUUCAAGACACUAAAUCACUUGGUGAGCGCCCACCCCUUGUGGUUAGUGACACAAACGAUUUCGGCAGAAAUAAAAAAGAAAAGUUUACUUCCAAAUCUGAUACAUUUCCGUGUAAGCCUUGCAAUGAAAGCAAAAAAAAAAAAAAAAAAAUGCAAUCAAGUGCAGAUAUAGACAGAUUAAACCGUUUUAACCAUGUUUCGCUCACCGACGACAGGGAGUGUGAUUUAACUGAUCCCUCAGAAGUUGAGAACGAAUAA